GAUCUCUCCUCUGACUUGCUGUGUACACACACAUGAGCCUUGCAACGGACGUGUCUGUUAUCAUUUGGACCAUAGGAGGAACAUUUUCGUGAAACGUACGCCCAUGGAGCCAACGACGCUUGCAUCUGUGGCAACACCAUGGUCUGAAAACAGCAGUGCGUCCCCGCCAUUCGGUCCAUCAGAGUUUCCCAUCUCUGCAGAAUGGGAGCAUGUCCACACCAUCAUUCCCCCGUACAUCUUCACCUUAUCCCUGCUAGGCCUCCUCUUUAACAGCUUUGUCCUGGCGGUGUUCUUCGCCCACAAGGAUCGACUGACUGUAGCGGAGAUCUACCUGAGCAACCUGGCGCUGGCUGACUUUAUCCUCCUGUGUGGCCUCCCCUUCUGGGCCAUGUACAUCCUCAAUGGCUUCAACUGGCCGUACGGAGAUGCCUUAUGCAAACUGGUCAACUCCGUCAUCAUCAUCAAUUUCUACACCAGCAUCUACACGCUGGUCAUGAUUAGCGUUGACCGCUACCUGGCGCUUGUGAAGACCAUGAAGGCCAGGUGGCUGAGACGGACACUCUAUGCCAAGGUGAUCUGCUCCAUCCUGUGGAUAUUAGCGGUCAUACUGAGCACGCCAACCAUGGUUCACAGAAAGGUGAAGUUCAUCAAGGGGUUGGAGACAAUGUCCUGUAUACUGGAUUACAGUCACGACAGCUCUUGGAAGUUGGCCCAUCAGAUUCUGAUGAAUGUGGUGGGCUUUGUACUCCCUGUUAUGGUCAUUGUUUUCAGCAGUGGAAACAUAAUCAAGGCUUUAGUUCUGAGAAAGGAAAGUGUUGCUUUUCAUGACACUAAUGACACAAAGGCAACAGCACUGUUGUACGCUGUCACACUACUAUUCUUACUAUGUUGGGGUCCCUUCCAGGUCUUCACCUUCCUCGACACACUCUGUGAUGUCCGAGCGCUGGAUGAGAAGCUCUGGGGUCACACUCUGGAUAUAGGAGGCCAGGUUUCAGUGUAUCUGGCCUUUCUCAACAGCACCUUAAACCCACUGCUGUACGUCUUCUCAGGGCAGUACUUUAGGAGGAAAGUCAGCGCCAUCUACAGGAGGACUAGACAUCCUCGCAGAGGAUCAGACAUGACCACAUAUCAACGCUCUGUUGUGUCCACUUACAUUAACAGAACGGAGCAAAUUAAGACCGUGAUCAUUUUUAAUGCAAAGGAUCAGAUGUAACAUGACAUCCACUUCCGUUGCUGCUUAUAUGGAAAAAUCAAUGCAAUAUACAGGAUAUGAGUCUAAUGUUCACAAGACUUAACACAAUAAUAAUGCUGUUAUAUGGCUUAACUGUACUAUAACAGGAUGUUUAAUACUGUUUUUUGAAGAAAUAAUGGAUAUGACCAGAGAUAAUGGCUGUAAUCUGUAGAAGAAAUGGAAGCAGAUUUUAAUGUUUACAGUCUCCAUGAAGACACAGACACACAGUAUGUAUCUGAAUCUGUUUCAUUGUACUGACUCCACAAAGCAGUUUCACACUCUGCAGGCUAACAUGAGAGAACCCAUGUACCCAUGUAUGGCAACCCAUGUACUUUGUGUACGUUUACAUUCAUAUUUCCCCUUGUACGGUAUAUCUUGACAUAUAAACAAAACAUUUAUUCAGUCGCAACAUACACAGUUUAGUAUCAACACUCAUUACUUAAGCUUUUUUUGUGUAUACUUUGUGUAAUCAACUCAAUGGAACACCUGAAGUACUAUACUAAACAAUAAAAACAUUAAUUCAAAGACAUGACAUAACCUGUUGGAAACUCAUAUUCCUCAACUCAUUA